AUGGCGUCUCCGGCUGUCAAGAAGGCGAUCACCGAGGCUGCUCUUCAGUACACCAAGCCCGAGGGCAAGGUCUUCGAGUAUGGCACCGCAGGGUUUCGCAUGAAAGCUGACCUCCUUAAUACCGUCGUGUUCGCCGUGGGCUUGCUUGCAGGCCUUCGGUCGAAGAAGCUUAGUGGGCAAUGGAUUGGUGUUAUGGUGACUGCUAGUCACAACCCCGCGGAGGACAACGGUGUCAAGCUGAUUGACCCCAUGGGCGAAAUGCUUGAAGCUGAGUGGGAGCAAUACGCAACCAAGCUGGCAAACGCCCCGCUGGAUAAAAUCGCCGACGUCUACGAUGAACUCGUCAAGGAGAUCGACGUUAAGAUGACCAACCCGGCCCGUGUGGUCUUCGCUCGCGAUACUCGUGCCUCCGGCUCUCGUCUAGUAGGCGUUCUCAACGCCGCUCUUACCGCAACCGAGGUCGAGUUCAUUGACUUCAAGUACAUGACCACCCCUCAGCUCCACUACGUCGUGCGCUGCAAGAACACUCUUGGAACACAGUACGAGUACGGCGAGCCCACGGAACAGGGCUACUAUGAGAAGCUUGCCGCCUCUUUCAAGAAGGUUAUGAAGGGUGUCAAGGUUCAGGGCUCUUUGACUGUCGACUGCGCCAAUGGUGUUGGAGGUCCCAAGCUACGGGAUCUUCUGAAGUAUCUGGACUCUGGACUUGACAUCAAGGUGGUGAACGAUGACGUGAUCAACCCCGACAGCCUUAACUUUGAUUGCGGCGCCGACUACGUCAAGACAAAGCAGCGUGCCCCUCCCUCCUCCAAAGCUGCUGCCCUUGAUCGGUGCGCUUCACUGGACGGUGAUGCUGACCGUCUGGUCUACUACUUUGUGGACGAUAGCAACGUGUUCCGCCUCCUGGAUGGCGACCGCAUCGCCACUCUCGCCGCCUCUUUCAUCGGCGACCUUGCCCGCAAUGCUGGCAUUGCGCAGAAGCUGAAAAUCGGCGUCGUUCAGACGGCCUAUGCCAACGGUGCCAGCACCGACUACAUCGAGAAGGUGCUAAAGCUCCCCAUCAUCUGCACCAACACCGGUGUAAAGCAUCUCCAUCACGCUGCCUUGCGGUUCGACGUCGGUGUCUACUUUGAAGCCAACGGCCACGGCACCGUUACCUUCUCAGAGAAUGCUUUGAAGGUCAUUAAGAACACCGAGCCUCAGUCUCCGGCUCAGCAGCACUCCCUUGAGUGUCUCCAGGCUCUGACCGACCUCAUCAACCAGGCUGUUGGUGACGCUCUCUCCGAUAUGCUUCUCGUGGAGGCUAUCCUCGCUCACAAGGGUUGGUCCCCCAAGGAGUGGCUCGGAACUUACACCGACCUACCCUCCCGCCUUGUUCGUGUCGAGGUCCACGACCGCUCUAUCUUCAAGGCCUACGAUGCCGAGCGCAAGCUAGAGUCUCCCGCUGGCCUCCAGGCUAAGAUUGAGUCUCUGCAGUCUCGGUACAACAAGGGACGUUCUUUCGCCCGUGCUAGUGGUACCGAGGAUGCUGUCCGUGUUUACGCUGAGGCUGCCAGCCGAUCUGAGGCCGACGAUCUCGCUACUCGCGUGGCUAACGCCGUGCGCGAGGCAGGCACCGAGGCCCAGUAG